AUGGAGUUUUAACAUUGAAUGCGGAGAACACUAAUUAUGCCUAUCAAGUUCCAAACUUCCAUAAAUGUGAAAUCUGUCUGCUAUCUUUUCCAAAAGAGUCCCAGUUUCAACGCCACAUGAGGGAUCACGAGCGAAAUGACAAGCCACAUCGUUGUGACCAGUGCCCCCAAACAUUUAAUGUUGAAUUCAACCUGACACUUCAUAAAUGUACCCACAACGGGGAAGAUCCUACCUGCCCUGUGUGUCACAAGAAAUUCUCCAGAGUGGCUAGUCUCAAAGCGCAUAUUAUGCUACAUGAAAAGGAAGAGAACCUCAUCUGUUCUGAGUGUGGGGAUGAGUUUACUCUGCAGAGCCAGUUGGCCAUACACAUGGAGGAGCACCGUCAGGAGCUGGCUGGAACCCGCGUUCAUACGUGUAAGGCCUGCAAGAAGGAGUUUGAAACCUCAUCAGAGCUGAAGGAACACAUGAAGACUCAUUAUAAAAUUAGGGUAUCAGGUACAAGGUCUUAUAAUCGGAACAUUGACAGAAGUGGAUUCACAUAUUCAUGUCCACACUGUGGAAAGACAUUUCAAAAGCCAAGUCAGUUAACUCGACAUAUUAGGAUACACACAGGUGAAAGGCCAUUUGGAUGUAGUGAAUGUGGAAAAGCUUUUAACCAGAAGGGGGCACUGCAAACCCACAUGAUUAAGCACACAGGUGAAAAACCCCACGCCUGUGCCUUUUGUCCUGCCGCCUUUUCUCAAAAAGGGAAUCUUCAGUCACAUGUACAGAGAGUUCACUCAGAGGUCAAGAAUGGACCUACCUAUAAUUGUACAGAAUGUAGUUGUGUAUUUAAAAGUUUAGGUAGCUUAAACACUCAUAUCAGCAAGAUGCAUAUGGGUGGUCCACAAAAUUCAACAAGUUCUACAGAAACUGCUCAUGUCUUAACGGCCACGCUGUUUCAGACAUUACCUCUUCAGCAGACGGAAGCCCAAGUUACGUCAGCCUCAAGUCAGCAGAAUUCUCAGGCAGUGACCGAUGUCAUCCAGCAACUUCUGGAACUCUCAGAGCCAGGGCCUGUGGAGUCAAACCAGUCCCCUCAGCCCGGGCAGCAACUAAGUAUUACAGUGGGCAUCAGCCAGGACAUCCUCCAGCAAGCCUUAGAAAACAGUGGGCUGUCUUCAAUUCCAGUUGCAGCACAUCCUAAUGACUCCAGCCAUGCCAGGACUAAUGCCACGCCGAUUCAGAAUCCAGAUAUUUCCAAUGUUUCCAAUGAACAAACUGACCCUACAGAUGCAGAGCAAGCAAAAGAACAGGAAAGCCCAGAGAAGUUGGAUAAAAAAGAAAAAAAGAUUAUAAAGAAGAAAUCACCAUUUCUACCUGGCUCGGUGCGUGAGGAGAAUGGCGUGCGCUGGCACGUGUGCCCCUACUGCGCCAAGGAGUUCCGCAAGCCCAGCGACCUGGUGCGCCACAUCCGCAUCCACACGCACGAGAAGCCCUUCAAGUGCGCGCAGUGCUUCCGCGCCUUCGCUGUCAAGAGCACGCUGACGGCGCACAUCAAGACGCACAGCGGCAUCAAGGCCUUCAAGUGCCAGUACUGCCUCAAGAGCUUCUCCACGUCGGGCAGCCUCAAGGUGCACAUCCGCCUGCACACAGGAGUUAGACCUUUUGCUUGUCCUCACUGUGACAAGAAAUUUCGAACCUCAGGCCAUAGGAAGACUCACAUUGCUUCCCACUUCAAGCAUGCAGGAACAAGGAAGGUGAGGCACCAGCGGAAACCCACAAAGGUUCGUGUGGGCAAGACCAAUGUUCCAGUCACCGAUAUUCCUCUGCAAGAACCGAUUCUCAUAACCGACCUAGGUCUUAUCCAGCCCAUUCCAAGAAACCAAUUUUUCCAAAGUUAUUUUAAUAAUAAUUUUGUAAGUGAAGCAGAUAGACCUUACAAGUGUUUUUACUGUCAUCGUGCAUAUAAAAAAUCUUGCCACCUUAAACAACACAUCAGGUCACAUACAGGUGAAAAACCUUUUAAAUGUUCUCAGUGUGGAAGAGGCUUUGUUUCUGCAGGAGUGCUCAAAGCACACAUCCGAACACACACCGGACUAAAAUCUUUCAAGUGUCUAAUAUGUAAUGGAGCUUUCACUACUGGUGGUAGCUUACGGCGACAUAUGGGUAUACAUAAUGACCUUCGUCCCUAUAUGUGCCCCUAUUGUCAGAAAACAUUUAAGACCUCACUAAAUUGCAAAAAGCACAUGAAAACUCAUAGAUAUGAACUUGCUCAGCAGCUGCAGCAGCAUCAGCAGGCUGCCUCGAUGGAGGAGGGCGCCGGGGACCAGCAAGGUGUGCAGGUGUCCACGCAGAUGCAUGUGGAGAUCGAAAGUGACACGCUGCAGCAGACAGCGGAGGUGGACCCCACACACCCCGAGGCCAUGCUCGAGCUGGAGCCACCGCACGUCGUGGGCACAGAGGAGGCCGGGCUCGGUCAGCAGCUGACUGAUCCGCCUUUGGAGGCAGACGAAGAUGGGUUUGUGGCUCCACAGGACCCUCUGCCAGGGCACAUGGACCAGUUUGAAGAGCAGACUCCUGCACAGCAGUCCUUUGAACCUGCAGGGCUCUCACAAGGUUUUACAGUGACUGAUACAUACAGUCAGCAGACUCAGUUUCCACCUGUCCAACAGCUACAAGAUUCUAGUACACUCGAGUCUCAAGCCCUCUCCACAAGUUUCCACCAGCAGAACUUACUGCAGGUUCCCAGCUCUGAUACGAUUAAUGUAACAGCUCGUUUGAUUCAAGAUUCUUCCCAAGAGGAGCUGGACCUGCAGGCCCAACGCCCACAGUUCCUAGAGGAUGGUGAGGACCAGAGCAGGCGCUCUUACAGGUGUGAAUACUGCAACAAAGGCUUUAAGAAGUCCAGCCACUUGAAGCAACAUGUGCGCUCGCACACGGGAGAGAAACCCUACAAGUGCAAGCUCUGUGGGAGGGGCUUUGUUUCCUCCGGUGUCCUCAAGUCGCACGAGAAGACACACACAGGGGUGAAGGCGUUCAGCUGUAGCAUCUGUGGUGCAUCUUUCACUACCAACGGCAGCCUCACGCGGCACAUGGCAACGCACCUGAGUGUGAAGCCCUACAAGUGUCCCUUCUGUGAGGAGGGUUUCCGGACCACAGUCCACUGUAAAAAGCACAUGAAGAGACACCAGACAGUGCCCUCUGCUGUGCCAGCAACUGGAGACACAGAAGGAGGAGAUGUGGGUAUGGAAGAAGAGGAAGAAAAUUCUGACAGAAAUGCAGUAAGGAAGUCUCGUCCUGAGGUCAUCACUUUCACAGAGGAAGAGACAGCCCAAUUAGCCAAAAUUCGGCCCCAGGAAAGUGCUACGGUGUCUGAGAAGGUCCUAGUUCAGUCGGCCGCAGAGAAAGAUCGCAUUAGUGAGAUGAAGGAUAAGCAUGCAGAACUCGAGGCAGAGCCCAAGCACGCCAACUGCUGCACCUAUUGUCCCAAGAGCUUCAAGAAGCCCAGCGACUUAGUGCGGCAUGUUCGAAUCCACACUGGAGAAAAGCCGUAUAAGUGUGACGAGUGUGGAAAGAGUUUCACAGUCAAAUCCACGCUGGACUGCCAUGUGAAGACACACACAGGUCAGAAGCUCUUCAGCUGUCACGUCUGCAGCAACGCGUUUUCCACCAAGGGAAGUCUGAAAGUUCACAUGCGGCUGCAUACGGGAGCAAAGCCUUUCAAAUGCCCGCACUGUGAGCUGCGUUUCCGGACUUCGGGCCGAAGGAAGACUCAUAUGCAGUUUCAUUAUAAACCUGACCCAAAGAAAGCUAGAAAGCCUGGAACUCGGAGUUCCUCCGAAGGGCUCCCUCCUGUCAGCCUCCUCAGUUCCUCCUCUUCCGACCCUAAUGUGUUCAUCAUGAACAACUCUGUCCUGACAGGACAGUUCGACCAAAACUUGCUUCAGCAAGGACUGGUGGGCCAAGCUAUCCUGCCUGCUUCUGUGUCAGCUGGAGGUGACCUGACCGUGUCUUUGACAGAUGGGAGCUUGGCCACCCUCGAGGGCAUCCAGCUACAGUUGGCUGCUAACUUGGUUGGACCAAACGUUCAGAUUUCUGGAAUCGAUGCCUCGAGCAUCAACAACAUCACACUGCAAAUUGAUCCAAGUGUUCUGCAGCAGACGCUACAGCAGGGCAGCUUGCUUGCUCAGCAGCUCACCGGGGAGCCUGGCCUGGCCCCACAGAACAGCUCUCUACAGACAGCAGACAGUACAGUCCCAGCCAGUGUGGUAAUUCAGCCUCUCUCUAGCCUGUCCUUGCAGCCCACGGUGACGUCUGCUAACCUGACCAUUGGCCCGCUGUCUGAGCAGGAUUCUGUGCUGACCACUAGCAGCAGUGGAACCCAAGAUCUCACUCAAGUGAUGACUUCGCAAGGUCUGGUGUCCACCUCCAGUGUCCCCCAUGAGAUCACCCUGACCAUUAACAACUCGAGUCUCAGCCAGGUCCUGGCACAGGCUGCUGGACCCACCACUACAUCUUCUUCGGGGUCUCCUCAGGAAAUCACCCUGACUAUCUCUGGUCAAGAUCUUAUUCAACACAAUUCUAAUGGAAGUAGUGAAAUAAACGGAAGCAUAAGAUUGUCAGCACCUGCCAUCAAUAAUCAGUCUACAGGUGCCACCUUAACAAUAAGCAAUGACCAGCUUCUCUCACAGAGUGCAACAUUAAACUCUUCAGAACUUAAUGCCACAAGCGUAAGCCUCCCCUCAGCCACACCGAUGUCUCCGUCAGCCAUUUCGACGCAGAACCUGGUCAUGUCUUCGUCGGGUGUGGGUGGAGACGCCAGCGUCACGCUGACACUGGCCGACACUCAGGGCAUGCUGUCGGGGGGCCUGGACACGGUGACACUUAACAUCACCUCUCAGGGCCAGCAAUUCCCAGCACUGCUCACGGAUCCAUCUCUCUCAGGCCAAGGUGGAGCCGGCUCCCCACAAGUGAUACUGGUGAGCCACACUCCCCAGCCACCGGCUGCCACUUGUGAAGAAAUAGCCUACCAGGUCACCGAAAUGUCUGGGAAUCCAACCCAGUGCGGCGUGCCUGAGAAGGAGGGCCGCGUGCACCAGUGCCUGGAGUGCGAGCGUGCCUUCACGUCAGCCGCUGUUCUCCUGCACCACAGCAGGGAGGUGCAUGGCAAGGAGCGCAUUCACGGCUGCCCCGUGUGCAGGAAGGCAUUCAAGCGCGCCACGCACCUCAAGGAGCACCUGCAGACACACCAGGCCGGCCCCUCGCUGAGCUCGCAGAAGCCACGGGUGUUCAAGUGCGACACCUGUGAGAAGGCAUUUGCCAAGCCGAGCCAGCUGGAGCGACAUAGCCGCAUUCACACAGGGGAGCGGCCGUUCCACUGCACGCUCUGUGAGAAAGCCUUCAACCAGAAGAGUGCGCUGCAGGUGCACAUGAAGAAGCACACGGGGGAGCGGCCCUACAAGUGCGACUACUGUGUCAUGGGCUUCACGCAGAAGAGCAACAUGAAGCUGCACAUGAAGCGGGCGCACAGCUACACGGGAGCUUUGCAGGAGUCCACUGGUCACCCGGAGCAGGACGGGGAGGAGCUGAGCCGGACCCUGCAACUGGAGGAGGUGGUACAGGAGGCCGCGGGCGAGUGGCAGACCCUCACCAACGUAUUCUGACGCAAGCCCAGAGCACCCCUUUAAGAACAUUUCCGAAGUUAAAUUUUGUGAAGAACAAAGCACUCGGAAUUUCUGUUUUAAAGCUUCAAGUGUUAAAAAUGUUAGCACAGUAGUUUUUUAGCUGUAAAAUUAUCUAAAGAAUCAUCGUCUUUCAGAGACUUAUAGGAACAAAACUGGGAAAAAUGUAAACACAUUGUUCUCACUUGUCUACGAAUCACUGAACUCAGGUACUGCAGCAGGCGCUUCGUCUUCUGCGCUGUGGCCAGUGUAUCUAGUUAAAAAGAAAUUAACUGGAUCUCACUAUCAUCGUAGCAUGAUUUCUUUGUAUUAGCAAAGACGAAAGUUAACGUGGCAAACGUAUGUAAGAUUCUCCUUCAUGCUUUCUGUUAUAAGAAGCAUAGCUUACAAAACAAACAAGAUAGGUGCAUGAAGUUCAGAAAAAAUGUUACAACACACAGAGACGCUUUUCCACUUUCUUCUCUGUGCAUUUUGGAAAUUAGUAGAAUUUGACUCUUUUUAGUCUACCAUAAGUUAAUGUAAACUAAUACCUUGAGAGAUGGCUGGACCAAUUCUCUCUCCAUCACAAAUAUCUAAUCACCAGUUAUGGGAAUGCAGCAUCUGGGGCAUCAACAUGGGGAAUCAAGCAACCUGGACCCACAAAUAAGGAUCAAGCUGUCCUCACGGGUUGGUGACACACAUACCGCAUAAGUCUGUGUCCAGGUAUGGGGGUUAGUGACUGCAGAAGCACAAGCCAUAUAUUGCAAAUAGGAAAUGACAGAAUUGUCCGCUAGGAAUGGGGAACUGUGGCCAUCCACCUCAAUAAAAAAGUAUGCUUAUAGUUUCAGGAUAAGAAUCUGUAGAAACCCCAUGAUUUUCUCUUCAUGCAUAAAGACAUGUACUUUUAAUUUCAGGGAAUUCUUUUAGUGUCAUCAAUGGUGCCACAUUAAACGUGUCCCAAACCAAAUCCCACCGUGCUGGGGCGGAAUGCGCGUGCGUUCCUCCCACAGCAUUCCAAAGACGGAAGGUUCUUUACUUCAUGUUGAUUUUUCCUUUGGAAUUAUUUAUAUGUUCUAUAUAUAAAUACAUAUGUACAUAGACAGAUAUAUGGGCCUCUGUGUGGCUGAACAGUAUAUUUUGUAAAUAUAGGUACUAGUCCCAGUUGCAGAGAGAACAUCCCAGUUUUACCUCCCUUUGAGCACUUCAGAUCAGUAUUGUUUUCAUUUUAUUGAUAAAUGGAUAUCUUUUUCAUUGUAAUGUAAAGCUGGGUUUUAUUUUUUUUUUUUCCUCCUGAAAGAUAAUUGCCUUUAUUUUCUCUCCUUGCCUCCUUGGUUUCAGAAGAGAGUAGUUUUAUUAUAAAUAUUGUAUGGACUUUGUAUAUUAAAGGAGGGGCUCAUUUUUGGGUUCCUAAACAAAGAGACAUUUCACUGUUACUUUGAAAGGGCAUCAUUUGAUUUUGUGGUUUUGUUCACUUUUGGCAUAUGUAUAUAAGUGAUAUCGAUGGUGAAAACUUUUGUGAAAAUAUUUAAGUCAGAAAACUGUUAAAUAAUAUUACUUUUUUUUCCCAAACGGCUUUGUGUAUUGUAUAUUUUUUUAAGAAAAAAAAAGCCUUAUUUGACUUAUUCUUGUGAUACUGGACUUAUUAUAAAUCCUGAGUUUCCCCUGAAUGUCAGCGUGUGCACCUGCUGUCAUCAGUGUAUUCACAAUUGUAAUUGUAUAGAGUUUUAAAGGUUCUCCUUUUAAUGCACUUUUUCUUAUGCUUUUGUAUUAAAAUAUUUUAGAAAUGUUGAUUAAUUUUGGUGAACAAAUAUCCCCAAGGUUGAAAUUAUUGGAAUUUUAAGUUUUUGUUUUUGCUGGGUUAUUUAUUUUGCUUUUAGCAUUAAAUGUCAUCUCAGGACAUCUCUCAAAGGGGGUUAAUUCCUAAUUGUAUUGAAAGCAUAGGUUAGUGAACGAUAUUGGUUAAUUGCCUAUUUAAGUAAGGCCUUAACAGGUGAAUCUAAAGCCUAUUUUUAUUUUGGUUAAAAAGAGUUCAUAAUCCACUUUUGUUUUUUAUCAACUUAUUAGCAGGAAAACACAAGACAUUUAUGUAUUAUUUUGAUUUACUUCCUAAUUACAAAAGCUGCUUCAUUGCAAAACAUUCCUUGAAAAAUACAAGGUUUUGAAAAGGUAAUUUCACUUGAAUCUUUGUGGUGUACUGGUUGACCUUUAUGUUUUACUGGUUGAUUAAUAAAUCUUAGAAAAGAGAUUUCUAGCUUCAUGCAAAACCAGGGUUUUGAGAAUAUAGAACUGUAUUUUUAGAACUAUUUCAUCAUAACAUAUCUGCUUUGGAAUAACUAUAAAUAAAAAAUGGAGUUAGGAAA